AUGUCGGAGUUCACCUUCGAGCGGCUAGCUGUGGCCGAGCGCACAAUGCGCGCGGACGAGCAGCGCGAGGCCGCACGCGCGGCGGCGGAGGAGGCCUGGGUCGACGAACGGGUGGCCGAAGGCGAGUCUCGCCGCGUGCUGGAGGUGACGCCGCCGGGCGACGCAGCACACUGGGCCGAGCUCGUCGCCUCCCGCCCUGUCGAUGGCGGCGGCGGCGAGCGUAAGCCCGACUCAACGGGCACGGCGCGGUGGCACGAGGCGCUUGCGCCGUGGGGCCUCACGCUCGCUGCGGCCGGCGCAGUGGGCGGCGGUGGGCGUGGCUUGGUCACAACGCGCUCCUUCAAGCGCGGAGAGGUGCUCAUGCGCGUGACACCGGCAGUAGCAGUCGUGAGUGGUCGUCACCUGAGUUCGCGCUGUCACCACUCCCACGCCACCGGUGGUCGCCUGCUGGUUUGCUCGCGCUGCGGCUGCGCUCGCUACUGCUCCGCCGACCACCAGCGAGCCGCGUGGGCGGGCCACCGCGACGAGUGCGCGCUGCUCGCGCAGACUCGCCCGCGGGUGCCGGGCCAGACGGUGCGGCUGCUGGCGCGUCUGCUCGCGCUGCUCCGCCGCUCCGCCGGCGCGCCUCCGCCCGAGGACGCGGGCGAAUGGGCGAGGAGCGCCGCGGCGAUCCUGUCGCUCUCGCACCAGCUCGGUGGCCAGCCGGCGGAGAGGUGUGCCGAGUUCGGGGAGCAGGCGGGGAUGGUCUGCUCGCUGAUCCAGGAGGCUGCGCGGAGCGGCGGCGGCUGGGCGGGGAGCAGCUCCUGCCCUCCCCAGGAGCAGGAGAUCGGCAUCGGCCUCUACCCGCUCGCAGCCCUCGCAAACCACGACUGCGACCCGACGGCAGCCCAGUCCUUUGGUGCGGCGGGCAAGCUGACACUGCGCGCCCUCCGCCCUCUCGCGGCCGGCGAGGCGGUCACGAUCGGGUACGUCGACCUAGCGGCGGCCGCAUCCGAGCGGCGGCAAGCGCUGCGCAGCUCCUACCUCUUCACCUGCGAGUGCCGCGCCUGCGAAGAGGCCCUCGCCCCGACCCCCGCCGCUCGCAAGCGAGAGGCGGCACGCUGCGAGGCGGCGGCCUCCUUGCGUGAGGAGCAGCGGGCAGAGCUCGCCGCAAUCGACGCCGCCGACUGGGAAGCCGCGCUGCGCCGCUCGACCCGCGCCGCAGAGAUCGCAGCGUCGCUCCCUCCCCCCGCGGUGCACGGCGAGGCGGCGCCUCUGGUCCGUGAUGCGGCCGAGAUGCUCAGAGGGGCUCAGCUCGAGCUUGCUUACGGAGACAACUCGGCAGCUAGCUGA